AUGGCACCUGUAAGCCCAAUCUUCACCCUCCUCGAUCGCUUCAGCUCACCCCCCUCGCAGCAGCAAAAGCAACCCGAGCGCCUCAAGCACGUUGCCGAGAAGGCGACCUCCAACAAUCCCUCCCAGCUGGGCGACCCCGUCUCGCUCAAGGCCGAAGUCUCGAAGCUGGUGCCGACGGAGGGCGAGCAGGGAGCCGCGAGUUCCAGGGAGUCGUCGGCGGGACCGACGGGCAAGGGCGCGGCCGGGGCGAAGAACUCGGACGGCUCGCCGGUGCAGGACCACGAGAAGAAGAGGCUGAAGCAGGUCGCGGAGGAGAACAUGGAGGCCGGGAACCCGUCGCAGCUGGGGGACCCGGUUAGUCUCAAGGCGGAGACGAGUGAUACGGAGCCGACGGGCGAGGCGGAUGGGCAGAGGAGGGAGAAGUCGAAGUUGAUGUUUUCCGGCACCGCAGCAGCCUUGCUUCUCUUCCUCGGGGCCUCAUCCGCCCUGAUGUGCGGUAACAACGGUACUCGGACUGCUCCCGAGCUCCCCCAGAUCUCCCUCGCGACGGGAUAUGUCAAGGGCAACGACUCGGUAAAGCCCAUUGACGUCUACUUCCACAUCGUCAGCACGGAGGCGAACAAGACCAUGAUCACCGACGCCAUCAUUGAUGCUCAGUUCGAUGUGCUAUAUUCAACCUUCCUCCGCCACGGCUUCGAGUUCAACCUCGUCAACGUCUCUCGCACAGUCGACGACGUGUGGGCAAGUCCUAUUCUCCCAGACGACACAGAGGACCUCGCGUGGUUGAAGGCCACCCGCCGUGGUGGCUACGACGCGCUCAACUUGUACUUCUUCUCGGACAUGAAUUCCGAAUCCGGGGGUUUCGGCACAAACCCGAGGAUUCUGAAUGCCACGGACGGAGGCUGGAGUUUCUACGCGGACGGGUGCAUGAUCAACGGCGGCACGAUGCCCGGCAUGAGUCCCCGCCUGUACAACGACACGGGUCCUCACAAAGGCCAUGUUGCGAUCCACGAGGUUGGCCACUGGUUUGACCUGGAGCACACCUUCGAAGGAGGUUGUGAUGAUGAAGAUGGGGUUGCCGAUACGCCUGCGCAGAAUGGUUGGGUUGAAGGAUUCGAGUGUCCUGAAGGUAGGAACUCGUGCCCCGAUCGACCUGGGUUGGACCCUCUUCGUAAUUUCAUGAAUUACGGAAAAGACAGCUGCAUGGCGGAGUUUACCCUCGGCCAGGAGGAGAGAAUGCAUCAGCGGUUCACUGCUUACCGUAGACCACUGAUACUCUAG